AUGAGAUUACUCGGACUCUUCGUAGCCGCCCUUGCGGCCCUCCCCGAGGUUGUUGAAUGCGCCGGUGGCCGUGUUCACCACGCCAAAGACGGUUCCGUUAUCGGAACCACCGCUCCGCGUCCAACUAUCAAGCCCAAGCCAUAUACGACUGGCAAGCAAUUCAUUAAGUCUGAAAGACGAAAGCGCACCUGCUUCGUCGAUGCACUUGGGAAUGGCCGAGAUGAUGCACCUCAGAUUCUCGCUGCUUUGCAUGAAUGCAAUGGGAAUGGCACAGUCGCUCUACUUUCGCCCUUAUAUACGAUUGCUACACCGCUCGAUCUGACAUUCCUGAACGGAAUUGAUAUCGAUAUCCAGGGAACUUUGAAAUUCACACCAGAUACCGACUUCUGGCAGGCAAACAGCUUCAAAUACACCUUCCAAAACUCCUCGUCGUUCUGGCAAAUCGGUGGCAAUGAUGUCCACAUUUUCGGCUCCGGAAAGGGUACAAUCGACGGAUCCGGUCAAGCUUGGUAUGAUCUUUAUGCGAAAGAUCCACUCAUUCUUCGACCAAUUCUUAUCGCCUACAAGGACUUGCACCAGGCCACUGUUAGCGGUUUGAAUCUCAGAUACAGCCCCCAAUGGUACCAAAUUGUUAUCGAUAGCAGUGAUAUCAUCUUCGACAACAUUGAUAUCUUUGGCGGAUCUGUCAGCAAAAAUCCUGCGAAAAACACCGACGGAUGGGAUACCUACCGUUCCGACAACAUUGUUAUCCAGAAUUCCCACAUCGACAAUGGUGACGAUUGCGUUUCCUUCAAGCCAAACUCCACCAAUAUGGUUGUUCAAGGUCUCUUCUGCAAUGGUUCUCACGGAAUCUCUGUCGGAUCUCUCGGUCAAUACUACAAGGUUUAUGACUUGGUUGAGGAUAUUUAUGUUUACAACACCACCAUGAUCAACGCCUCCGACAUGGCUAGAAUUAAGGUCUGGCCUGGUAUCCAGAGCGCCUUGAGCGUUGAUCUCCAAGGUGGUGGCGGUAUCGGAUUGGUCAACAAUAUCACAUACGAUUUGAUGCAAAUUUCCAAUGUCGAUUACGGCAUUGAGCUCACUCAGUGCUACGGUCAAAAGAACUUGACUCUCUGCAACCAAUACCCAUCCACCCUUGAAAUCAAGAACGUUGUUUUCAAGAAUAUGUGGGGUACUGCCAGCAAGAAAUACGACCCAACUGUCGGCACUCUUGUGUGCAGCAGCCCAUCUGUUUGCCACAACAUCGUUGCCAAAAACAUUAAUGUCGUUCCUCCAAGCGGCAAAGCACCAAAGUACACCUGCACCAACAUGGACAGGACUCUUCUCGAACUUCCUUGCGCUUAA